AUGACGCAGGCUGACCGCCUCGAAUGUCCUCUCUUGCGUUGCCGGAAGCGCUUCCCGAACCACGAGCUCAUGCUUAGGCACCUGUACACAUGCGAGCAGCUCUCCACCGGCGAGUAUUGGUGCUAUGAAUGCGACAGGACCGAGAAGUUCACCGACGGUAAAUGCAAACGCUGUCUAGGCCACCCGGGCAAGAGGCGCCGCAUCAUGUCCGUAGCUAAGAACUUCUUCUCCUCGUUGGGUCAGAAGUCGAGACCGCAACAGGAUGUCCCGGACCUCGAUAUGGAUGACGUUGUCAUCCUACCUCCGCCUAGCUACGACUCGAUUCUUGUUCAGCCCCAAGAGGUCGAGCUGUCUUCCUCAUCAGAGAUCUUGGAGAUCGACUCGACGGAGAUACCGCUGCCCAUGCCCUCUACCGCCUUCGCUCCAGGCAGCACCUUCGAUCAAAAGCCUUCCAACCCGUUCGCGACAGGCUCUGUUCCAACGCAACAGUCAAUGCCUGCUCUGCCAGACCUUAAUUUUGAAUGGGGUCUGCAGAAUGGCGUUGACAUGACUGACAUGGGCCGGGUUGACAGGCCAUCAUUGUCGGUACAUACUCAUGGCCUAUCGCAAUAUCGAAAGCAGCACAAGCCGACCACGCGGACGAAGAAUCUAUCUCCCAGUGCUUCACUCAGAUCGAAUGCAAGCACCGAUAGUACUGCCAGCUACCUUGUCUCUCCUGCUUCUGCCUUCAGCGGAGCUUGGACACAUGCCGAAACCAGCCUCACGUCGCCCACGUCGGACAGCAUAAGCCCUGGUGGAAAUCUCUCCCGAGGUUGCUCCAAUGCAAGCCAAUACUCCAACGCAUCUCGCUACACCAACUACGACCUGCAGCUCCAUACGCUUAUCCAGGAGUUACCAGCGGAGGAUAUCAUGCUCCCUCAGACGCUCCCAGACGACAUCGCCUACAACCAGCAGUUCCCCCUUACCGAGGCACCGAAUGCGUCGGCACCGGAGACGGAGAGUAGCAUCCCCGCCGCUGUUGAACAGGCAGAAGAGAUGCUGGCCACCGAGAUGGAAGCAGAAGUCCUCGGCCGUGCCUACUCUGUAGAUGCCAACUCGCUUGUCGGAUCUACUUGGGAGCUCCUCAAGGCUCACGUCAGUUCAUCGAUGGAGAAACUGCAGUGUCUCUCACACAACCACCUCGUGAGAGACUUGCAAUGGCUUUCGCCACAAAGGGUUGCCGAUAUCGGGCUCACAUGUCUAAAGAGAAUCCUCGAGGGCGGGCAACCUGCAUCGACGAUCGAAGCCUUGUGUUUUGUUCACGUCACAUAUUCGCUUUCUCUCAUUGUUCAUGAAGACGACGCUCAGAAUAGGUCAAAACAGCUAUUCGUGCAAGCACAUCUCUAUAGCAACAUAUUCCGCCCAGGAGACCGUGAGGCAUACCUCGAGGUAGCGACGGAGAUAUGGCAUCCCCUGGACUUAUCGACCACUGAACUGGACGAGCUGCUACUGGAGCGUUACCAAGGAUCAGUGUCCAGGUCGUCGAGUCUCAAGGGCAAAGGCCGAGUAUCUCCCCACAGAUUCCAGUUUGGGCAAGACAGUUUCCUCGAGAUAGCGCAAUUCUUCCUUGACGAACUGGAGGUUACAGCUUUGCCGAGUAACGUUCCAGAAUCCAAGGAGGUGCUGGCCUCGACACUAUGGAGCAAGCACCUCGAGGAUGACGCCACACCAGCAAACCCGGCCUUCACGAUUACGGUCAACGCCGUUGCUCGCAUGCUUUGCCAAGAAUUCCCCCAUGCACGCAGGCUUGAGUCGAAGAUGCAGCGUCUUCAGAAGCGCAUUAGUGGAGGAAGCGUUCGAACCGUCAGGAGAGCGGAGUUGGAGCUCAUGCAGGUUGGAAAAGGUUGCAUGUCGGUGCAAGAAUACUUCGACAACUACGUUCCUGAAGUUAGAGAGCGCUUCGGUGCUCUUUACUCACAGCCGAUCCCGGGAUACGCAACACGGUCGGAAUAUCACGCUCACGGCAUCGAACUAAUGAGGAGCAUCAUCUGUGGUCUUUGCGAGAAGCAGGCGUCUACGAAACCUGUGCAUGAUUCCUCUCAGGCAGCAACAGAUGGUAACCUUGAUGAGUUCAUCAGGAACAUGACGAAUGACCUGGAUGGAUCCUUGGGUGACUUCAUGGUUCCCGAUGACUUCGGAAUCCCCAAUGUUCAAGUUUCGAUGGACGCCGCCACACUGUCGGACCCGUUGACGGCUUUCUACGACAGCGGCGAGGACCCAGCGCUGGACAUUCUGCAACCACUCACAACGAUUGGGAACAAGACAGCAGAUAACUCGCCUGGGUCUGCCCAGACUGCAAAGGCCAGCUCAAGCUCAAAAGGUGAAGUGCAGGCGAAUGACUGCUGCGAGAUCUGCGGGUAUCGGCCCAAGGGUGACCCGCAGUGGUUUAAAGGCAGUAUGGCGAAGCACAAGAAGCUGCAACACUCGGCGGCACCACCGAAGAUCUACCGCUGUCCGUACCCGGGCUGCACGAGCCAGUACAAGAAUCGUCCGGACAACUUGAAGCAGCACCAGCAGGAUAAAGGUCACUUUGUCGAAGGAGACACCAGCGUGCGGAGACCUAGCAAGAGGAAGAAGACAAGUGACUGA